UUUAUUUCAUUCUCUCUCCUCUCGUUUCUUCGCAUUCUCAUAUUCCUUGUUACUGUUCGUCAUUUUUCUUCGUUUUUGGCUCUGCGAUUUUCGUUUUCGUUGAUUGAGCAGUGGUUAUCGGUGUUCUUACUCUGUUAUCUGCGUUAGUGAGUAUUGCUUCCCACUGUUUUCAAUUAUUUUGGUAUAUAAUCGUUUUUUAUGUUGUUUUAGGUUUUAUUUUGAUUAUGUAUUUGUGUAAUGCUUAAUUAUUUGUCAAUGCAUUUCGUUUUCCUGAUAUUUUGUUGUUUUUAUUACUGAUUAUUGUUUUUCAUCGAUUUUUAUUCUUUGAUUUUCGUUUUCGUUGAUUAAGAAGUGGUUAUCGGUUUACUUACUCUGUUCUUUGCGUUUUUUAGUAAUUUUCUCAAUUUUUCUGGCAUUGUUUUUAGUUUUUGUUUUGAUUUUUUGUUUUUUAAGGUUUUAUUUUGAUUAUGUAUUGUAAAAUGCUCUUUGUUUGUCCAUGCAUGUGUUUGUAUUUGAUUUUUUGUUGUUUUUAAUGAUUGAUUUUGUGUUUUAAUUUCAGUUGAAUCGACAGUAUGAGUGAAUCUGAUUUAAAUAAAACUGUAACUCAAAUCAUAAGGCAAAUGAGAAAGCCUGAUGAUAGUGAUGAUCAAUUGGAGAAUGUAGUUGUGACUCCUGUUCGGAAAAGUUUAAGAAUCAAAAUGUCAAAGCCAGAUGUUGUGAGUAAGAAUGAGGAAAAAGCAAUUGUGAAGAGAAAAGCAGUAAAAAAGUCUUCAUCUGGUAAAAGAAAAGCAGAACCUGUUAUAUUAAAAAGAGAUAUUAAGAUGAGAAGGCUUGGCAGUGAUAAUUUGAAUAAAGAUGAUUCUCUUCAGAAAUUUGAUCUGUUAAUUGCUCCUACUAGUCGGUUCGUGGGAAAAGUUGGCAAGGCUUGUUCGAUUGAUGUGAUAACUAAUAUUAAUUCCAAGCUCAGUCCUGAUCAAAUGUCUAUAUUCAAGAGCAGUAGGUUUGGUGUGUUUCUGGGAUUAGGAAAGGAUGUAUUGAGUCUUAGGCUUAUACAUUCUAUACUUCUUAGGGAAGUUCAUUAUCCAGAUAUGUCCGAGCUUUGGUUUAAUUUUGGUUCGCGUAACAUGCGCUUUAGUCUGUAUGAGUUUGGAUUGGUUAGUGGUCUUGUUUGCGGUGGGGAUGAGUCUAGAUUUUCAAAUUACUGUGAUGGUGGAAUCUUUUAUGGUAAAUUCUUUGGCGAUGAUAAUAGAAUUACUCGUCAGGUUAUAGAAGCUAAGUUUAAUGAUGCAGUUUGGGAUAAUGAUGAUGAUGCUGUGAAGUUUGCAAAGCUGUAUUUUGUGCAAUGUUUUCUGUUGGGCAGUCUUGAAAGUACAUUGGUUGACAGUCGUUUCAUUCACUUGUUGGACUGUCCAGAUUUUGAUGAUUUUCCGUGGGGAAAAUAUUCAUUUCAGUUAUUCGUCCAGUCUACAAAGAACAAGCUUUGGACAUUUCUGCAGGCUUCAAAACAAUCUACUUUUUAUCGACUGUAUGGCUUCCCCCAUGCCAUUCAAUUUUGGUUUUAUGAAACCUUGACUACAGUUCCUGAUUUUUUGUGUUCGUUGAGCAAUGCUGCUGCGUUUCCUCGGUUUUUGCGCUGGAGUCCAAAGAAUAUUAAAAAGAUUCAGAACUUUGAUUUUAAAGUUUAUGAUGAUCCAACUGAAAAGGUUAAAGCUGGUCCAAAUAUUAAAGCAACUGAUUUUGAGUUAAGUCAGAAUAUUGUGACUGGACUCAGUCAUCAACACUUCAUUGCUGCUUCCAGUUCGGAUGACGAAAGUAUUUUGGAAGUUGCUAAGUCUGCUUGCUCUGAUUUUGUGAAUGAACUUAAAGAUUUGGUGUUUGACAGUGGUGUUGAAUAUUCUGAUUUGGAGUUAGAUAUUCGAAAGCAGAUUUAUGAUUCUAUUGUGAAUUUUGAAAACAACAAAUUAACUGAUAUUUUCAAGGAUAAUUCUGGAGAGGAUGAAAAUGUAGAAGAACAGAUAUAUUCUUCUGAUAAUGAUGUUGGUGAUAGUUCUUCUAAGGAUAAUGAUAAUUCUUACAAGGAAGAAACUGAAAAUGAAGAGCAACAAUUUAAUGAUGAGGAUGUUACUGUUUUAGAUGGUGGAGAGAUUGAUGCUGAAGUACAUGAUCAAUCCAUUGCUGAGAAUGUUUCUGGUCCUGAGAAUGUUUCUGGUCUUGAUAGUGGAAAGGUAAAUUUUUAUUGA